UUGUAUCGCCUGAUGUUUCUGUCCAAUUUUUUUUGAAGUUCCAUUAGUGUUGGUCUAUUGUUGUCUUGAAAUUUUCUACAAUCAAAUAUCAUGUGCCACCCAUUGUUAGGUACUAGGCAUGAGGUACAUAUUCCAUUUUCUUUUAUUUUCAUAAUAGCGAGCCAGUGAUCAGAGUAAUCGUGCCCCGAUAUAAUCCUGUUGGCUAUCCUUAUUUGUUUUCCGUUUAGAGCUUUGUUCUUAUGCCAGAUUUCUUUGGGAAAUUCCUUCUGAAAAGCGACGUAUGUUUUUCCUUUUGUAAGUGUUGUCUUCGAGCUCCAUGGUGCUUGUUGUUUAUAACAAAGGCCCAACGUUUGACAGCCGAGACGAGCGAGCGAAAUGAGGAGCGAAAUGAGGAGCGAAACGAACGAGCGAGACGGUUGCGGACAAGUUUAGGGAUAUUCAUCCGAUCCGAAGGAUCGCGGGCGGCUCGGAUGAACUUCGGAAAGGAGUAACGACAGCGAUCAGUUGGAUAAAAAAGAACAUAAAAGUGCGUAAGAAGGGACGCUAGUUCUCUUUUUUUCGGCAGAAACAGCAUUAGAAGCAACAGUGAUUUUUUAAUUAUAGAUUGUACUUUGUUAUUAGAAAAACUGUUUCUUUAUACUUUUGUCAACGGUUGGAAAGACGCAACAGCGCUUUUAAGAAUAAUUUCAGCGCGCUUCUUUUGUCCCUUUGACGUUCCAUAUGGCAGCAGCGGGUAAUAAUUUGGAUAAAAGCUUGGCUUUUCCCACGGGCAAAAGUUUCGUUAAGCAUGGUUGCACAGUGGUUGCACAGUGCUGCUGUGCAACCUCACUGCAACCAUCCGUUGUGUGCAUGUGUUAGUGUGAGCAUAUUUGAGGCAUUGCACAGUGGAAUUUCUCAAUGUAUAUAAAAUGACACGAAAUACAAUUUUUUUUUUGUACUAAAUUCAAAUUAUAUUGCAAUUAUUUCAUAUUACUUUGUAUGUAUACGUUACAUACAAUAAUAUAAUCAGAUUAUUUCAAUGAACAUACUUACGUACAUGUCUUGACUACUGAAGCAAAGUAUAUAAAAAGAACAUAACUUUAGCCGGAAUAAUGAGAAUAAAUAAUUAAAUUUUUAAUGCAUGGUGUCGGAUCACUAUUCUGUACUGCUUUGUCAAAUGUCAUUGUCAAACAUCCGAAUUUAAAGAACGGAAAAGCACAAGCCUAAAAAGACAAUAAAAGUGGCAUGAGUAGAUUACUAAAUAUAUAGUGUUCAAAAUACUUUACUUACAUGGUGUUUAUUGGCUGUCUGUGAUUUUUUAUUAUACACGGUGUUAUGGUGCACCUUGUGUUGUCGGAACCACGCACUGACAGCCACUCAGCUAUGACGAGCGAUCGUCAUAAGCAGGACGUGUGCGUGAGUGACGUAGGGCACUGACCGAGGAUCGGCUCAGCGCGCAAUCGAGAGCAGUUGCAAAUCAGGAGUCAAAGAGAACAGAGAUAGGGAGCGUUAGGUGUGCGUUGUGCGUUGCGUGUACAUGUUCGUUAAUUAAUUAAUAAAGUUUUAUUAUAAGUUUGCGUCACCCCAAAAACACUCGGUCAACCUCAUUCACAGACGCAACAGUGGCGACGAGGAUGGGAUACAUCGUCGACCGUAAUGGAUUAAAACCAAACCCGGCAAAAAUAGCAGCAAUCCUCAACCUUCCUGCACCAACAGACGUGAGUGGUGUUCGCUCAUUUUUGGGAGCGGUCAACUAUUAUGGAAAGUUUGUCCCAAAAAUGCGCGACCUUCGUUACCCGCUGGACAAUCUGUUAAAGAACGACGGCAAAUUCACUUGGAAUCAACAAUGCGAAAAGGCAUUUCGCACGUUCAAAGAGAUCCUUUCAUCAAAGCUACUUCUUACGCAUUACGAUCCGGCAGCAGACAUCAUUGUCGCAGCGGAUGCAUCAUCCGUGGGACUUGGGGCAACGAUCAGCCACAAGUUUCCGGACGGAUCAGUGAAGGUAGUUCAACAUGCUUCACGGGCCUUAUCAAAAGCUGAACAGAACUACAGCCAAAUAGAUCGUGAAGGAUUAGCCAUCGUUUUCGCCGUCACAAAAUUUCACAAGAUGCUGUACGGCCGACACUUCCAUCUGCAAACCGAUCACCGGCCCCUGCUUCGUAUUUUUGGAUCGAAAAAGGGCAGUCCAGUCUACACAGCGAACCGCCUGCAGAGGUUUGCCUUGACGUUACAGUUGUACGACUUUUCAAUAGAGUACGUGCCUACUGGAUCGUUUGGAAACGCCGACGUCCUGUCUCGACUGAUCAGGGACUACGCUAAGCCGGAAUCGGACUACAUCAUCGCUAGUUUGAAUGUGCAGAAAGCUACACAAGAAGAUACAUUGCUAAGGAAACUCAGUCAUUAUGUAACGGACGGAUGGCCCCGUAACGUAUCUUUCGGGUCGGAGCUGGCACGAUUCCAUCAUCGGAAGGAAGGCUUGUCUACGGUAGACGGCUGCAUUUUGUUCGGGGAGAGAUUGGUGAUCCCUGAAAAGCUUCGUGCCAGAUGUUUGACGCAACUCCACCGAGGGCAUCCAGGCAUUCAACGGAUGAAGGCGCUAGCCAGAAGUUACGUUUACUGGCCAUCCCUCGAUAAUGACGUACAGGAUGUUGUUGCGACUUGUCCAGCCUGUGCCGUCGCAGCAAAGUCUCCACCACACUCAGCUCCAGCACCGUGGCCCAAAGUUAGUACGCCUUGGCAACGGGUCCACAUCGACUACGCAGGACCUUUAAACGGCGAGCAUUUCUUGGUAGUAGUCGAUGCGUUUACGAAAUGGCCCGAGAUCAUCAAAACGUCCAGCACCACGGCGUUAGCAACCAUAGCAAUAUUGAGAUCGAUUUUUGCACGUUUUGGAGUGCCUGUUACUAUCAUCAGCGAUAACGGCACACAGUUUGUUAGCUCAGAAUUUAAGGAAUUUUGUCUAAAGAACGGCAUAAAUCAUAUUACUACAGCACCUUUCCACCCACAGUCCAAUGGCCAAGCCGAGCGUUUUGUCGACACGUUUAAAAGGGCAAUCAAGAAAAUCACAUACAAUGGACUGGGAAUACAGGAGGCCUUAGAUAUUUUCCUUCAAACAUAUCGCUCAACACCAAACGCACAAUUAGAAAACAGUACACCAGCAAAGCUAAUGUUUGGAAGGCCAAUACGUACAUGCUUAGAGUUAUUACAUCCCGUACCAACCCCUUUGUUAGAAAGUCAGCAUGGAACAAGAAGAGGAUUUCAAAACGGUGCUCCAGUAUAUGCUAAGUUGUUUAAACCUAAUAGUUGGGAAUGGGUACCAGGUACUGUUGUAGGAAGCAUAGGUAGAGUCAUGUACAAAAUAAGGACUAAAGAACGGAUAAUUCGAUCCCAUAUUAACCAGUUGCGCAAGCGAGCAGGAGACAAUGAGAGAGUUACACAGGAUGCGAAUCCAAAGGUUGCAUUAGAUUUUCUAAUGGAUACAUGGAACAUCCCUUUAUCAUCUAGCAUUCAGUAUUCCGAUCCAAGAAGUCCAACCCCAAUACUGAAUCCACCAGCAGCAACCGUUAUGCCAAACAUCCCGACGGUAUUUUCACCACGCCGCUCUUCUAGGCCUAGAAGAGUUCCGCGUAGGUUUGAUGCAUAUCGCCUCAAUUAAAAGGGGGAGAUGUUAUGGUGCACCUUGUGUUGUCGGAACCACGCACUGACAGCCACUCAGCUAUGACGAGCGAUCGUCAUAAGCAGGACGUGUGCGUGAGUGACGUAGGGCACUGACCGAGGAUCGGCUCAGCGCGCAAUCGAGAGCAGUUGCAAAUCAGGAGUCAAAGAGAACAGAGAUAGGGAGCGUUAGGUGUGCGUUGUGCGUUGCGUGUACAUGUUCGUUAAUUAAUUAAUAAAGUUUUAUUAUAAGUUUGCGUCACCCCAAAAACACUCGGUCAACCUCAUUCACAGACGCAACACACGGCUUAUCUGUGGCAAAAGAGAAAAGAAUGGAAGCUGAAAAUAUAAAAAAAUUAAAAAGCCUGUAAUUCGGGAUGAGAAUAAAUUGCAAGGAUACCGAAAUGUUGGCAUUCAGGCCAAAUAUAAUGUAAUAAAUUAUUGGCAUUGAGAAAUGUAUUUUCUUAUGAAAUGUUUUGAUAGGAUUGAAUUAAUUUUGGUUUUACUCACAUUUCAUGAACUGGAUCUAUAGCCACAGCAGCUGCCAGGAUACCUUACUGCGAAGCAUGGUAGAGCAGAAUUUAUUAUCUUAAAUCACAAACUUUUUCAUCACAAACAUGUCUGUCAAUGCUGCAUACAAAAGUAGAUGUUUUGUUAGGCCAAUAAUCACCAGAGUCAUUAUAUGUCCAUGAAAUUAUAAAGAAUGAAGAAAUGUUAAUAGCGUUAAAUGAUCGACUGAGGAACCAGAUUUUCUUUCGUUUGGUUUUAACUUGGUUGAACUGUAAAGUAGACCCAGACGAAGGAAAAUCUAAGCAGCGAAUGAAUAAUAGUGUGUACUUAUUGUUGGAACCAUCCUUCAUUGCGCAGUGCUCCUGGACAGGAUAUGCAGGAAAGCUGGAAGGAAAGAAAGUGGAGUUUUCCAAAUACCUCCAGGUUGUAGAAAUGUUUAAAGUGGUAGGAAAAUGCACAACAGAUGACGAAGUAAAAGAAUUUUUACAACAAAAAUUAAGAAUGCAAAAACUAGGUUGUUAAGGUUCAAAUCUUUGAGAAAAAGUAGUUGUAAGAAACCCUAUACUGUGAAUAAAAAGAGUUAGAGUUAAAAC